ACACACACCUCCUCCUCCUCCUCCUCCUCCUCCUCACAUACUGUUAAUCACCUGGUGAGGGCGGACACAAGGCAAGGCAAAGCGAGGGACAGACAGACAGCGUGUGCAGUGGUAGCAGUGGUAGCAGGUGGUAGUAGCAGCAGUCUCCGCUCACAUUUAGUUCUGCUUUUCUGACUUGCCAGCUGGAGAGAAAGAGAGAGAGAAAAAGAGAGAGAAAAAGAGAGAGAGAGAGAGAGAGAGAGAGAGAGAGAGAGAGAGAGAGAGAGAGAGAGAGAGAGAGAGAGAGAGAGAGAGAGAGAGAGAGAGAGAGAGAGAGAGAGAGAGAGAGAGAGAGAGAGAGAGAGAGAGAGAGAGAGAGAGAGAGAGAAAGACGAGCGGUGAAAAAAAUAAGAAAACAAUUUGGAGCCAUUGUCCCUUUGGAGAAAAGGGGGAGACGGGGUAACGAGGGAGCACUGUUAAACGAUAGGAGCAGAGAGAAGGAAAAGCCACGAUGAUUUUGGGAGGUAUAAACCGUGCGGGGGCAAUGCCUGCGUUCCUGCGGACCCCCACUAUGAUCCAGCCACACCUGGAUAUGAAGCCCUUCCUCCAGUUCCCCAUGGACACAGCUCCACCACAACACAGCAUGGGCCUGUUUCACAACUUCAACACUAUGGACCCAGUGCAGAAGGCGGUGAUCAACCAUACCUUCGGCAUUCCACUGGUGAAAACCAAGAGGCCCAUCAUCUCUUGUAACGUCUGCCAGAUACGCUUCAACUCUGAGAGCCAGGCAGAAGCCCACUACAAAGGCAACCGCCAUGCACGGAGAGUCAAAGGCAUCGAGACCUCCAAGAGUCGCCCCCAGGAGGGUGACAAGUCGGGCCGACCUGUCUCCCUCACCUCCUCUCCAUCCCUCCCUGGUGAACCCCCUACCUCCACCCCUGACAUCAGCGACCCCUGUAACCCAGAUGAACCACGCCUCUCUCUGCCACCACUGUUAAACGGGGGGCCUCUCAUGGCCCCGCCUGGGCCCCUACCCCCCCUGCCUCCCCUCUCCACCCACGACUCCCCCCUUUCCCCCUCCGUGUAUCCCAUGCUGACCACCCCCACCCUCACACCUUCUCCCCUUCUACCCUCAUCCUCUGACUCCCCCGUGGGUUUCAACACCACCAUCCCUGAGCAGAGUGGUGUUCCAGUGGCCCCUGUGGCUCCCGGGACCCCAGCCGGCCCAGAGACAGAGGAGGACAAGGUCAAGAAGCUCCUCUACUGCUCACUGUGCAAAGUGUCCGUCAACUCCCUCUCACAGCUGGAGGCUCACAACAAAGGUACCAAACACAAAACUAUCCUGGAGGCUCGCAGUGGGCUGGGUCCUAUCAAGGCGUACCCUCGGCUGGGCCCCAAACCCCCGGGGGAGCUGGGAGGGGGACCACUGGACCCCAACACUGAGGAACGCACCUUCCACUGUGAGAUCUGCAACGUGAGGGUCAACUCUGAACUGCAACUCAAACAGCACAUAUCUAGUCGAAGGCACCGGGACGGAGUGGCAGGGAAACCUAACCCUCUUCUCAGCCGACACAAGAAGCACAGGGUAGCUGACCUCACGUCCUCUCUGAACUUCUCUAAGGAUCUCUCCAAAUGUUUGGGGGCAGGGCUCUUGCCCACUCCCCUGGCUGUUGCUGCAGCGAUGGCCGCAGCCGCUUCCUCGAACCACCAAUUGGCUCAGCUUCGUGCUGCUGCAGCAUCUUCGGCCCAGCACCACCCGCAUCACCACCACCACCACCUAUUACAGGGCCCACCUCUCAGCCAUACCAUCUUAAGACCCGCCCCCGGGCCCAUGCGCACCUCCCACGUGCCAAUCCUCUUCUCUCCUUACUGACUCCACCUCCUCCACCUCGGCCAGUCAGGAGCAGCCACUACAAAAGCACACUGUGAAGAAAUAAAUGUAAACAAACAAACCAUCGGUAAACAAAGAAAAAGUUCAAACAUGUAGAUGAGAAGAAAUGAAAGGGAAGAGAGCACCUGAAAGAAGGAGAUGGAGUCCCUCGUUUUCCUUUUUCCCUGGCCUAAAACUCUCCUUCCAUCUCAGAGGCUUGUAACUGUGAGUGAUAGACUGAUGGAGAGAGAAGGAGAGAGAGGGCAAUAGGAGGAGAGAUACUCAGUAUGCAUUGGAUGGACUGCAGUAUGCUUGUUCAUCUCUCACCUCUCUCUCCCCACACACUGUGAGAUCCAUCACACUGAUGGCUCUUAUAAAACACAUAGCACGCACGCACGCACGCACGCACGCACGCACGCACGCACGCACACACACACACACACACACACACACACACACACACACACACACACACACACACACACACACACACACACACACACACACACACACACACACACACACACAUACACACACACACACCUCCAUUGCAACUAACUUUCAGUACAGUAUGUGAUGGGUAUACAGACUCUUUCCUCAUCCAUCUGGUCUUAAGUGUUCUUACUGUACUAUGCACCUCCAAACCAAGAGAAUAAUGUCACUGCAGUAUGUCAGCACAGAGAGAAUAAUGUCACUGUAGUAUGUCAGUUCAGAGAGAAUAAUGUCACUGCAGUAUGUCAGAGAGAAUAAUGUCACUGCAGUAUGUCACUUCAGAGAGAAUCAUGUCACUGCAGUAUGUCAGAGAGAAUAAUGUUACUGCAGUAUGUCAGAGAGAAUAAUGUCACUGCAGUAUGUCAGCACAGAGAUAAUAAUGUCACUGCAGUAUGUCAGUUCAGAGAGACUAAUGUCACUGCAGUAUGUCAGAGAGAAUAAUGUCACUGCAGUAUGUCAGUUCAGAGAGAAUAAUGUCACUGCAGUAUGUCAGAGAGAAUAAGGUUACUGCAGUAUGUCAGAGAGAAUAAUGUCACUGCAGUAUGUCAGUUCAGAGAGAAUAAGGUGACUGCAGUAUGUCAGUUCAG